GAUUACUGUUUCUGUCAUCGUUGUCCCCUCUUAUUAUAUUAUCUUGAUGUCCUCGAGAGAUAAGGUCAUUAUAUGACCGAAGCUUACGAUGACCAACCUGCAAUGUUUAUUAAUUUUCCUUUUGUUGCUUAAUUUUUCUGGAGGGGCACAUUCAGUUUUACGUUCCUGCAAGGAUAUAUAUUCUUCAAACCAUUCCAGUCCCAAUGGAACCUAUACACUUCAUAACAAGGAAAACAAGCCUUUCAAAGUGUACUGUGAGUUCCAUGAUAAAUUUGGCUAUACCUAUAUAUCCAGACAUGCUGGGGUUGAAGUCAACAUCGAUGACCUUUUGACCUCCAAGAAGCACGUAAAAAUACGACAUGUGCUCCAAAACGGAACCCAAAUUGAAACCAUUCUGGAGAACAUUAGACUUUAUAGAAAUUUAUCACUAGGAAUUUUCUACAAUCGACACAUAGGCUAUGCUUUACCUAUAAAUUAUGCCAAUUUGGCACCAUACCUGUAUGUAGGAUUUCUGCCCCUCAGCAAAGCCAGUUACACUAAUAUCCAAGGGUACAGAGCUGCAAACACCGAUUUCAUGUUCCAAAAUUGUGAUUCGAACCCAAAUAGUUAUUUUGUAUUCUACUUCAACCCUCAACAAAAAGCCAAUCUGGGGUACGGCAGUGGAUUUAUCCCCUCAGGUUUUAUGACCUCUUGGGUCACUUGUGGCACCGCCAUUCCAACGGGGGACUAUAUGCCACCUGAAUUUUAUUUUGACUAUGAGAUACACAUGGGUGGAUGUGGCGGAUACGUCUUUCGUCAUCAGCAAGACAAUCAAGACAAUCAAGAUGGCGCGGCUCUUGGGCUUAGAUUUGAUGAGUACGACCCUUGCGUGUGCUCCCCCUGUCAAAAUGGCGGCAGCUGCCGAUCAACUUCCGACACCCAGUUCUUUUGUGAUUGCGUUGCUGGAUACGCGGGAGACACUUGUGGGAGACAUAUUUAAAAUAAACACCAAAACGGGCCUUCUAAAGACAAAGUCUGUUUUUUGGGUAAUCAUCUUGAAUAUGAUAUAUACACGUGUAACAUCUGCAAUAUGUAAUCUUUACAAUACGUAACUUAAAUAGGCUAUGAACGGGUUUAAUGUACAAGAUGUGAUUACAUGUAUAUUAAAAAAAAAUCAAUCAAAUACGAAAUCACAUUUAGAUAAGACACCUGGGAAGACAGUCAGUGAAAAUUAACGUAUUGUUUGCGAUUUAACAAUAAAUCCUAUCAAAA